AUACGCUUGGCUUAACCGUCAAUUUCACCAGUUUUCUCCAGAGCAGAAACCAGACGUUGAUUUUCCUCACUAAAGAACUACUACUGAAAAAGAUGAAUCUCAAAGCCCUCGCGGUGUUGUGUCUGAUUCUUGCACUGGUUCUAACUGAAUCGGACGGAUGGAGAAGACGUCGACGUCGCCGUCGCAGAACAUGCCGACGACAAUGUUCGAACUAUGGCUGUUCCCAUGGGUGUCAGUGGGUGAACGGUGUCGCUCAGUGUUCUUAUUACUGUCGCCCAUCGUCAUGUUCAUGGUCUUGCAGUGGUAAGAGAGAUGAAUCAGAGAAGGAAGUGCAAGCUGAUGAGCGAAAARAAAGSCCGUCCCACGCCUCUGGUCCGAAGUACGUCUCUCGUGUCCCGCUGACCAACAAGUUUUCUGACUACGACAAGAACAAGGAUGGCCGUAUUGACUUCAAUGAGUUUAAGACGACACUUCCACCAGUAUCAAGUGACAAACAAAUACAAGAAGGAUUUGACAUGAUCGACAAAAAUGGGGAUCGCCACAUCGAUUGUGCCGAGUUCCUUAGAGCUAAAAUGGACUUUGUAGGUCAUAAGAAACCUACUUGCAAAUGAAUCGAUGAUGACGUCAAUUGACGAAAUUAUAUGCUAAAAUGGACAAAAGUAUAAACAGUAUUAAAUAAUGGGUUGUAAUUUAUAAAAAUAAACAUGCAUUCAAUCUGAAA